AUGGCACUCCUUUGGAUUUAUCCAUCCCUUCUGUUCUUUCUCCUUCCCUCUUUAACACCGAGUCAGGCCUUACGGAAUUACCCAGAGAAUGAAGUUACACUGCUGGAUUCUAUGUCGGCUCUGGGAGAUCUUGGUUGGGAGGCAUAUCCAGCUGAAGGGUGGGAGGAAAUUAGCGUGAUGGAUGAGAGCAACACACCUAUGCGCUCCUACCAGGUGUGCAACGUGAUGGAGGCCAACCAGAACAACUGGCUCCGCACUCGCCACAUCCCACGAGACGGCGCUCAGCGAGUCUACAUCGAGAUCAAAUUCACCCUGCGUGACUGUAAUAGCCUUCCUGGGGUCCCAGGGACCUGUAAAGAGACCUUUAAUAUGUACUACUACGAGUCCAACAACCCAAACCUAUGGUUCAUCAAAGAGAGCCAGUACGUAAAGAUCGACACCAUCGCGGCCGACGAGAGCUUCACGCAGACGGACGUCGGGGAUCGCGUGAUGAAGCUCAAUACGGAGGUGAGGGACAUCAGCAACCUGAGCAAGAAAGGUUUCUACCUGGCCUUCCAGGAUGUGGGAGCCUGUAUCGCCCUGGUGUCUCUCAGAGUCUUCUACAAGAAAUGCCCCCUCACCGUCCUCAACCUGGCCCAGUUCCCCGACACGGUGACCGGGGGGGACUCGGCUCUGGUGGAGGUGCGCGGGUCCUGCGUCAACGACUCGGAGGAGUUUGAGGUUCCGCGGAUGUUCUGCAGCGCGGACGGAGGCUGGCUCGUGCCAAUUGGACGAUGCGUCUGCAAACCAGGCUUUGAAGAACACAAAGACUACUGCCAGCCCUGCAGAACUGGUUCCUAUAAGGCUUCUGCCAUGGAUGCCUACUGCAGCAAAUGCCCUCCACACAGUUACUCUCACCAGGAGAAAGCCUCAGAGUGCAGCUGUGAUAAGGGCUACUACAGAGCCGACAUGGACCCUCGAUCCAUGGCCUGCACCAGACCUCCGUCAGCUCCAGAGAAUCCUAUCUCCACUCUGAACGAAACUUCGGUUACCCUGGAGUGGAGUCCCCCACGUGACACGGGCGGCCGAGGAGACGUCGCUUACAACGUACACUGCAAGAAAUGUUCCGGAGAAGGCAGGGAAUGCAGCCCGUGUGGCAGCGGGGUCCACUUUAUCCCCCGUCAGUUUGGCCUCUCCCUGGCUAAAGUGCAGGUCACAGACCUCCUGUCCAACACCAACUACACCUUCAGCAUCGAGGCAGUCAAUGGGGUGUCUGACCUGAGCCCUAAUCCCAAACAGUUGGUGGUAGUCAACAUUACCACCGGACAAACAGUGAGUGUCAUUUUAAAAGAGAGGAAAAGUAAAGACAGUAUCACACUGGCAUGGCAAGGUCCUGACCGACCCAAUGGAGCCAUUGUGGAGUAUGAAGUCAUCUACUACGAGAAGAACCAGCGGGAUCAGAACUAUACGGUACUGAAAACCAAGGCUAAUGUGAUGACAGUAGAGGGUCUGAAGCCUGGUACCACCUACGUGUUCCGAGUGAGAGCGCGCACUGAUGGAGGGUAUGGCAGCUACGGAGGAGAGAUAGAACUGGAGACCAGCCAUGAAGAUAUGCUGGCUAUUGGAGAUCCUAACCAGUCCACCAUUCUUGCUGUGUCUAUAGCUGGUGGUAUUGUGCUUCUGAUCUUUCUGGUGGCCUGUUUUGUAGUGAGUGGAAGGCAUUGCGGCUAUAUCAAAGCAAAACAAGACCCAGACGAGGAAAAGAUGCAAUUCCAGCACGGAAGAGUCAAGCUGCCAGGAAGCAGAACAUACAUUCAUCCUCACACCUACGAAGACCCCAAUCAAGCCGUACGCGAUUUCGCCAAGGAAAUCGAUGCCUCCAACAUUCGUAUUGAGAGAGUCAUUGGUGCAGGCGAAUUUGGCGAAGUGUGCAGCGGUCGUCUGAAACUGCCCAGUAAGAGGGAAAUCUAUGUGGCUAUUAAAAGCCUGAAAGCAGGUUAUUCAGAGAAACAGAGGCGGGACUUCCUGAGUGAGGCCAGCAUCAUGGGACAGUUUGAUCAUCCCAACAUCAUCCGUCUGGAGGGAGUGGUCACCAGAUGUAAGCCAGUGAUGAUCAUAACAGAAUACAUGGAAAAUGGCUCCUUGGAUACUUUCUUAAAGAAACAUGACGGGCAGUUCACAGUCAUUCAGCUGGUGGGAAUGAUGCGUGGGAUAGCCUCGGGAAUGAAGUAUCUAUCAGACAUGAAUUAUGUCCAUCGCGAUCUGGCCGCCCGGAAUAUUCUGGUCAAUAGUAAUUUGGUUUGCAAAGUCUCUGAUUUUGGCCUGUCCAGAGUGCUGGAGGACGACCCCGAGGCCGCUUACACCACACGGGGAGGAAAGAUUCCCAUUCGUUGGACGGCUCCAGAAGCCAUAGCAUACAGGAAAUUUACCUCUGCCAGCGACGUGUGGAGUUAUGGUAUCGUCAUGUGGGAGGUGAUCUCCUAUGGAGAGCGGCCUUACUGGGAGAUGUCCAAUCAGGAUGUUAUCAAGGCAAUAGAUGAGGGCUACAGACUGCCCCCUCCCAUGGACUGUCCUGUGGUAUUACACCAGCUGAUGCUGGACUGCUGGGAGAAAAGUCGUAGUGACCGGCCCAAGUUCGGCCACAUUGUCAAUACAUUGGACAAGCUGAUUCGUAAUCCCAACAGCCUGAAACAACUAGCCAACAUAUCAGUGUGGGAAGACGCCACCACCCCAGAGCUGAGUGUGAAUACAGUGGAGGAAUGGCUGGACGCUAUCAAACUGGGCCAGUACAAGGACAACUUCGCUACUGCGGGCUAUGUCACACUAGACUCAAUUCUUUACAUCAGUAUAAAUGAGCUCCGGAAGAUGGGCGUGACGCUGGUUGGGCACCAGAAGAAGAUUCUCUCCAGUGUACAGAGUCUGCAGGCACAAGGCACCCAUGUGCAUGUAUAA